ACGAGCAGCCGCGUGGCCGGGCAGCCUGGCCAAGGAGCGGCGCGCACGCGCCCCGCGAGCCCCCAGCGCGCCCCCGGCGGCCGGGGCCGCAGCGUGCUCGCCCCCGCCGCCAGCUCGCCUCACUUAUGGGUCGGAAGCGCUGCGUGGGGGAGACUGUUCCAAGAUGGCGGCGGGCUGCUGUGGGGUGAAGAAGCAGAAACUGUCCAGUUCGCCCCCCUCUGGCUCGGGUGGCGGUGGUGGCGCCUCCUCCUCCUCCCACUGCAGCGGAGAGAGUCAGUACCGAGCUGGGGAGUUGGGACUAGGAGGCGCCAGUACCAGGCUCAACGGGCUGGGAGGUCUAACCGGAGGAGGCAGCGGCAGCGGCUGUACUCUCUCUCCCCCCCAGGGCUGCGGCGGCGGCGGCGGCGGCGGGGGGAUCUCCCUGUCGCCACCUCUGAGCUGCGGAGUGGGGACCCUACUUUCUACCCCGGCCGCCACCACCGCUUCCUCUCCCUCCUCAUCGUCCGCCGCCUCGUCCUCAUCGCCGGGCUCCCGGAAGAUGGUGGUGUCAGCGGAGAUGUGCUGCUUUUGCUUCGAUGUGCUCUACUGUCACCUGUAUGGAUACCAGCAACCCCGGACCCCCAGGUUCACCAACGAACCCUAAUAAUCCACACUGUGACCCAAAGCCACUUGCAAUGCUGGGAGAGCACAGUUGACUGUAUUAUGCAAUAUCCUGCCAGAAGAUGCUGACCAGCUCUCUAGUAAUGGAAAGUAGUGAGACUGACUUAACAGCCUAUAUAGUUUGCCUUGCCAUUCCACAUAUUUUAAUGUAAUCUAUAAGCAUGUGAUAUGCAGUUUUAGAAACAUAUCUUCCAUUAGGAUUUUGGAUUGCUGCAAGGUGGUAAAAUCAGAUUCUGUGCUUUGCUUCAGGUGUUAGUGGAACUUUAUGUCAUUCUUGUAGGGUAGAAUCUGUGAAAAGUUGAUUUUGGUGCCUUUGAUCUAGGGGACUCACAGCACUGUCUCUCUCAAAGAAAUGCUCAUGUGCUAGUCACAUUAGUGUGGUUCUUUUCUGUGACAUCAUUAUUGCUUGUAGUA